AUGUUUUGGGGGCAGCAAGUAUGCUUUGCCCGCGCACUCGUCCGUCAACCUAUAAUUCUUCUGCUGGACGAAGCCACUUCUGCAUUGGAUACGCAGAGUGAAUCAGUCGUGCAAAAAGCUUCAGACAAGGCCAGGCUAGGACGUACCACCAUCAUCGUUGCCCACAGGCUCACGACCAUUCGCAACGCUGAUCGCAUUAUCGUUAUCAAAGAUGGCGUUAUCCAGGAAGAUGGGACGCACGAUAAACUGAUAGCCAAACAUGGAAUCUAUUACCGACUAGUUGUAUCUCAACAAGGUGGCGAGAAAGACAGUAAAAGCAGCUCUUUCGAUGAUAAUUCAGAAUCAUAAGUUGAAGAAGUGAACAUCGCCAAAGCUAAAUCUUGGAUUCCGGAUGAAAAGGAAGAAGCCAUGGAUGCAACCAGUUUAGCAGGAAGCCAUCCGCUAGGAAGCAGUUCUAUUCGUCGAAGGGCUCGAUUAUCUGUUGCUAGUUCAGCAGUGUCCGCUCAAUCAGAAGACAUUGACGUUAGUUUAAUGGAAAUUAUGAGGAUGAACAAGAAAGAAUGGCCUUACAUUACUGUAGGUGUUAUCGGGUCGGCAAUCGUUGGUCUCAGCACUCCAGUCUAUGCAAUCCUCUUCAGCGAAGUUCUUGGGGUCUUAGCACCAGGUGGAUCUGCUGAAGAACAAGCCUACAAAAGAGAACGAGGCAAUUUUUAUUCGCUCAUGUUCUUGAUUCUGGGCAUCGUUGCCGGAUUCGCCGCUUUUGCCCAGUCGUUCUCGUUCAGCGUUGCCGGAGAAUCUUUAACAUCAAGACUACGCGGACAAACCUUCCAGGCUAUUUUAAAACAAGAAGUUGGCUGGUUCGAUCGGGAAACCAACAGCGUCGGAGCACUUUGUGCCCGAUUAUCUGGUGACGCUGCCAGUGUUCAAGGCGCUACUGGAUCGAGAAUUGGUGUAUUGUUCCAGGCGCUUACCACCAUGAUUGCAUCCAUUGUUCUGGCUCUCUAUUUCCAAUGGAAACUGGGAUUGGUGGCUUUAGCAUUCGUUCCUCUUCUCCUCGUCUCCACUUACUUCCAAGCCAAAAUUAUCAUGGGCCAAUCAGCUCUAGAACGCGAGGCCUUACAAAAAUCGGCCAAAGUGGCUAUGGAAGCUAUUGGAAACAUCCGAACAGUCGCCAGUCUUGGCAAAGAAAGACAAUUCCACACAAUCUACAUGGAAUCUUUAAGAGAACCUCAUCGACAAGCUCUGAAAAAGUCUUGGGUCCGCGGUGCGAUUUUCGGAUUCGCCAGCGCUAUCCCAAUGUUUGCAUAUUCCGUAACAAUGUAUUACGGUGGAUGGCUUAUCGUCAAUGAAUGUCUCGAUUUCACCAGCGUUUUUAAAGUCAGCGAAUCCCUCCUGUUUGGAACCCAAAUGAUUGGGCAGGCAGUUGCAUUCGCUCCUAAUUAUAACAAAGCCAAAGUAGCUGCCAACAGGAUCUUUGCUUUACUAAAACGUAUUCCACUUAUUGAUGCCUCUUCUACUGGCGGUUCCAUCAUACAAAACGUUGAAGGAAAUGUCGAUUUCGAUCAAGUACGUUUCCGAUAUCCCACGCGUAAGGAUGCUGAAGUUCUUCAGGGAUUGACUUUGGCCGUGCGAGCUGGCCAGACGGUCGCCCUUGUGGGCCACAGUGGUUGUGGAAAAUCGACUUGCAUUCAGUUACUGGAACGCUUUUAUGAUCCAGACAGCGGGGAAGUACAAUUAGAUGGAAAAGACAUUAAUCCAAUCAACAUAUCCUCGUUGCGUUCACAAAUGGGCAUCGUAUCCCAAGAGCCUAUUCUGUUUAACUUGACCAUCGGUCAAAAUAUUGCUUAUGGAGACAACAGCCGUGUUAUUCCAAUGGAUGAUAUCAUUGAAGCCGCAAGAAAAACCAAUAUUCAUACAUUUAUCCAAUCACUGCCAAACGGCUACGAAACAAUGGUCGGUGAACGAGGUACUCAGCUUUCUGGAGGACAAAAACAACGUGUAGCCAUUGCAAGAGCAUUGAUAAGAAAUCCGAAAAUCCUGCUGCUCGAUGAAGCAACUUCGGCGUUAGAUUCCGAGAGUGAACACGUCGUCCAAAUGGCUUUGGACGCCGCCAGAGAGGGCCGUACGUGCAUCACAAUCGCACAUCGUCUAAGCACAAUUCAAAAUGCAGAUAACAUAACAGUGACUAAUCAAGGAACGAUAAAAGAGCAAGGGACACAUGAAGAGCUCAUUCAGCUAGGUGGUCUUUACUUUGAGCUUUGUUCGGUCCAGGGCAUCGCAUUGAAGCCAGUCAGUUCGUCAAGGAAUUUGGAACAAAUAGCCCUUUAGAAUUUUCGCACUGCAUCCGUGCCAUUCUUGCGAUUUGUGAUACCCUUGAGUUUUG